AUUUUUUAGGGCCGGGACGAAUCAUCAGUAAAGAACCUCUUAUAUAUGCAUAAUAAGAGCUCUUAAAAUUUGAUUUUUGGUAAAUGACCCCUUAUAUAUGCAUAACGAGAGCUCUUAAAAUUUGAUUUUUGGUGGGUCCAAACAAAAUAUUAGUGUACGUAAUUUCAACUUUCAUUAGCUUGACCUCAUUUAAAUAGAUUGUUUUAUUUUCUAACUUCUUAUGUACGAUUGUCAGGAUGCUUAUAUCAUACUCCCUCCGUUUCUUUUUGUUGUAUCCGUUUCCUUUUUAGUCGUUUCAUAAUGUUGUAUCCACUUAGAAUCUUUCCAUUUUUGGACAUACUUUUUCUCCUAAAAUACCAUUAUAUUUCAAUCUAAUAACCAAAAAACCUAAAGAAUCUACCCAUAUUCCCACCUAAUUUUCCCCACCCAUAAUAUUUUAUUCAUUUAACCCACCCACCUCCCUUAUUAAAUUAAUAAAACCCUAACGUCACUCUCACCUCUCUCUCCUUAUAACCCGUCCCUCUCACCCUCUCUCUCCUCAUUCUCUUCGGAUCCCUCUCUCCUCCUGUCUCCCUCUCUCUCCUCAAGAAAUCUCUCUGUUUCUCUAAAAACCCUAACCUUCUCCGCCCCUGUUCUUCGUUUUUUUUGGUGAGAUCUCUCAGAUCUUUGGGGUUUUCGCUCAAAAUUGUUCUCAAACUUUAACCGGAACGACAUUCCGGUGAGAUCCCCUCUAGUUUUGUCCCCUUUGUCGUCCCAAAUCCCGGUUGGUAAUCGAUUCUCUGGUGAAAUUUUUUUGGGGAUAAAAUCGGAGUUUUAUUAGGGUUUUAUUAAUUUCUUAAUGGGAUCCUCUUCCUCCAAAUAUCUUCCGACUUAUUCGGUUGGUACUUCUGGGCAACGAAUUCCUGACUCAAACUGUGAUUGGGGCUCGAAAUGCAUUUGUCCCAACAACGAGCACUCGUAUUCUGGCGAGUAUCUGAAUAAUUUGAGGUUGGCCCAGAAGGAGAACACGAGUACCCGAAAUUAUCUCAAAGCUUGGUUUGAGAAAAUGGAAGUGGAGCCUGGUGAAGAGGUGGAGUCCAAAUACGACGAUCGAGUCCCCACACCAGCAGAUCUGAGAUUCUUUGGAGGAGACGAAUCUGAUGAGGAACCCAAUCACUCUGAUUCAUUCGACCUAUACUAUGUGGGUGAGUGUGAGAACACAACUGCUGGUCCAGAGGUUUCUGAUGGGCAAUGUUCGGUUUCGUCCCCAAACGUGAAGGAAGAUGAAAUAAAAAAAAAGCCACCUAAGGGUGUUGAUGAUGCUUAGAGAUAAGUGUGUCUUCUAUAAACCCUCUUUUAAUUAUAUUUGGAUUGCUGGUUAGCUGUGGAGACAUAAGGUGGAGUAGCCAACAACUGUGAUCUGUUGUUGGCAAGGGGUGUUGUUGUUUUGUUGAUGAUGUGAUAGGGUUUGGAGUGUAUUCAUGUCCUCUAUUAUUGCCUUGUUGCUUGAAACAUGUUGCCUUGUUGAUUGAUGAAUGUUGCCUUGUUGAUUGAUGAAUGUUGCCUUGUGUGCUUGCUGAUUUAAUAAUGUUGCCUGUUGAAACUGUCAUAUGUUUGCUGGUUGAUUAGUGUUGCCUUGAGAGGGGUGAAAGCAUAUGGGAUGGGUUUAUGAAUAAAAUUUUAACAUGUGAUUGGAAAAAAACAGUUUCAUUAAAGUCCGCUCUUAUUGUUUGUCUU